GCGACAGGGAAGCCAUACCCCCCAGCGGGAUCAGGCAUUAGGGCGCGUCCUUGGCAGGACUACAGUUCCGUACGCCCACGUUUUCGCCUUUUCUGCAAAAGUUUGGAGAUUUUUACCCGCAGCCAUGGGGUGUGGAAACUCCAAGGCUCCCACGACAGCGACGUCAGUUCCGCAUCAAACCAAUUCAAAACCAAGUGGGCAACAUGAACAUCAGGAGGAGACCAGCAGUUUACCACCCGCUGCACCACAUGAACAGCAGGAGGAGACCAGUAUCCCCAACUACCCUGAUCUGACCGUGCACAACAACUGGAUGUCACGAUGUCUGACAGGAGACAUCUACAAGAAGCUGAAGGACAAGAAGACACAGUCGGGCUACACGCUCGACGGAUGUAUCCAGACAGGUGUAGACAACCCGGGCCACCCCUUCAUCAUGACAGUUGGGGCCGUGGCAGGAGACGAGGAAAGCUACAAAACCUUCGCCGACAUGUUCGACCCGAUCAUCAGCGGGCGCCACGGCGGGUACGGGAAAGACGCCAAGCACAAGACAGACCUCACCUUCGAGAAUCUGCGCGGGGGCGACAAUCUGGACCCCAACUACGUGCUGUCGUCGCGUGUGCGUACCGGGCGCAGCAUCCGCGGGCUGGCCCUGCCGCCAUGGUGCAACCGGGCCGAGAGAAGGGAUGUGGAGAAAAUCCUGAAGGAGGCGCUCGCCACGUUUGAUGGAGAGUUCUCAGGCAAGUACUACCCGCUGAAGGGCAUGACAGAAGAGGAGCAGCAGCAGCUGAUCGACGACCACUUCCUGUUCGACAAGCCGGUCUCGCCGCUCCUGACCUGUGCCGGGAUGGCCCGCGACUGGCCCGACGCUCGCGGCAUCUGGCACAACGAUGACAAAACCUUCCUGGUGUGGAUCAACGAGGAGGACCACACCCGGGUCAUCUCCAUGGAGAAGGGCGGCAACAUGAGGCGCGUCUUCCAGCGAUUCUGCACAGGCCUGAAGAAGGUCGAAGACGUCAUCAAGUCGAAGGGCUACGAGUUCAUGUGGAACCCUCACCUGGGCUACAUCCUCACCUGUCCGUCUAACCUGGGCACAGGGCUGAGGGCAGGUGUGCACGUCAAGCUGCCGAACGUGAGCAAACACCCGGACUUCGACCAUUUCCUGGAGGAGGGUCUGCAGAAGCGCGGGACGGGCGGGGUCGACACCGCGGCAACGGGAGGCACCUUCGACAUCUCCAACGCCGAUCGACUCGGGAUGUCAGAGGUCGAGCUGGUGCAGAAGGUCGUGGAUGGCGUGGAGCUGCUGGUUAACAUGGAGAAGGCCAUGGAAGCAGGGAAGGACGUGUACACGGUGUGGCCCAAGGCCUACCCCGACCUGACCAAACACAACAACUGGAUGGCGAAGUGUCUGACUCCUCAGAUGUACCACAGUCUGGUCAACAAGAAAACAGACAGCGGCUACACGCUUGACGAGUGCAUACAGACUGGUGUGGAUAAUCCUGGCCACCCUUUCAUCAUGACAGUAGGGCUGGUAGCAGGAGACGAGGAAUGCUACACGACCUUCGCUGACCUGUUCGACCCCGUCAUCGAAGGUCGCCACAACGGCUACAAGAAAACGGACGUGCACAAGACCGACCUUGAUGCCAGCAAGCUGCAGGGAGGCGACGACCUUGACCCGAAGUACGUCCUGUCGUCCCGCGUGCGCACAGGGCGCAGUAUCCGCGGGUACACGCUCCCGCCAUGGUGCACGCGUGCCGAGCGGCGAGGCGUAGAGAAGGUUCUGUGCGACGCGCUGGGGAAGCUUGAAGGGGAGCUUCAGGGGAAAUACUACCCUCUGUACGAGAUGGACGACAAGACCCAGGAGCAGCUCAUCGCUGACCACUUCCUGUUCGACAAGCCGGUUUCCCCGCUUCUCACGUCCGCCAAGAUGGCGCGCGACUGGCCUGACGGGCGCGGGAUCUGGCACAACGACGCCAAGAACUUCCUGGUGUGGAUCAACGAGGAGGACCACACCCGGGUCAUCUCCAUGGAGAAGGGCGGAAACAUGAAGAAGGUUUUCGAGCGUUUUUGUGACGGGCUGAAGAAGGUUGAGGAGAACGUGAAGGGGCAGGACAAGGAGUUCAUGUGGAACGAGCACCUGGGCUACAUCCUCACCUGUCCGUCUAACCUGGGCACGGGGCUGAGGGCAGGUGUGCACGUCAAGCUACCCAAGCUCAGCACACACCCGCACUUCAACCACAUCCUGGAACAGCUCAGGUUACAGAAGCGCGGGACCGGCGGCGUGGACACCGCGGCGAAGGGCGGAACCUUCGACAUCUCGAACUUGGACAGACUCGGGUUCUCGGAGGUGGAGCUGGUGCAGAAGGUCGUGGACGGUGUCAAGUUACUGGUGGAGAUGGAGAAACGGCUGGAGAAGAAGAAGGACAUCGGAGACCUCAUCCCAGGCGGCCCCCUGGUGGAACCAUCGGAGGUGAAGAUUGAGCUACAGAGCGACAACUUCCCCGACCUCUCGCAGCAUAACAACCACAUGGCCAAGUGCCUCACCAAGGAGAUCUUCGACAGUCUUAAGGACAAGAAGACGAAGAACGAUUGUACGCUGGACUUGUGUAUCCAGACAGGUGUCGACAACCCUGGCCACCCGUUCAUCAUGACAGUAGGGGCUGUGGCAGGAGACGAGGAAUCCUACACGACCUUUGCGGAAUUGUUCGACCCGAUCAUCGAGGCGCGCCACAAGGGCUUCAAGAAGACCGACAAGCACAAAACCGACCUCGACGCCACCAAGCUGUCCGGCGGGGACGACCUGGACCCCGACUUUGUCCUGUCGUCUCGCGUCCGCACGGGCCGCAGUAUCCGUGGUUACGCCCUCCCACCGCUGUGCAGCCGCCACGAACGCCGCGAGGUUGAGCGUAUCGUUUCCACGGCGCUGGGAAACCUGAGCGGAGAGUUCUCGGGCAAGUACUACCCGCUGAAGGGCAUGACAGAAGAGGAGCAGCAGCAGCUGAUCGACGACCACUUCCUGUUCGACAAGCCGGUCUCGCCGCUCCUGACCUGUGCCGGGAUGGCCCGCGACUGGCCAGACGCUCGCGGCAUCUGGCACAACAACGACAAAACUUUCCUGGUCUGGAUCAAUGAGGAGGACCACACUCGCCUCAUCUCCAUGGAGAAGGGCGGGAACAUGAAGAGCGUCUUCGAACGGUUCUGCAACGGACUCAACCUGGUGGAGAAGGAGAUGAAGAGGAUGGGGAAGGCAUACAUGUGGAACGAGCACCUGGGCUACGUCCUCACCUGUCCGUCUAACCUGGGCACGGGGCUGAGGGCAGGUGUGCACGUCAAGCUGCCGAAGAUGAGCACCCACGAGAAGUUUGACGAGGUUCUGGGGAAGCUGAACCUGCAGAAGCGCGGGACGGGCGGGGUCGACACCGCGGCAGAGGGGGGGAUCUUCGACAUCUCCAACGCCGACAGACUCGGCCACUCCGAGGUCUCCCUCGUACAGCAGGUGAUUGACGGCGUCAAGCUGCUGGUUGCCAUGGAGAAGAAGCUGAUGGCGGGCGAGUCGAUCGAUGACCUCAUGCCCGGACAGACCUCCGUGGAACACGAAACAAACGUGUAGAAACGAACCCUUAGGGUUUUGGUAGGAGCUGUACAGAGUUGGUUACCGGUGUGCGCUGGGGUAGAAGACUUCACAGUAAACGUUGCUAAGCUUGAACAAUCAAUAUGCAAUCAGUGUCGGCAGGCAGGCAGGCAACUCUGUACAGGUCUUACCCAAGGCUAGUUUAGAGAGCUAACUUUGACAGAAGGCUGGGCUAUGUUCUAAAAAAAUGUGUAAACUGAUAUGACAAACACGUGUUUAUUUGUUUAUAUAAACUACCUGUUCACUACAGUUGAAGCUGUUCUGUUUUAGUGUACUCUGAGAUUUUGACUCGCGGCAGUUUGACUUGUAUAUAAAUUUCCAACUUUGUGGUGGUUGUGUAAACAAUUACUGAGACAUCUAUACAGUUGAAGUUAAUUACAUGACUUCGCUGUUUUCGGUACACAACGUUUUACAAUCUUCCCUUCAGUGUGAAUUCUGCUGAACCAAAGUAGCUUCAUAUGUAAUCUGUAGCCUUAGUAUCACGUGAACUCACUGCCAAGCUACAUUGUACCCGAUAAGUACAAACGAUAGAAGAAUUGUAUUUUCUUACAACACUGUUUCCGUCCAUGUGAAAACAAGAAAAACAGAAUUUUUGUACGUAGAUUUUAGUAGAAUUCUGCCAUCCUGACUGCUUCAAUGCUGCUCAGUGUGUUUCAAUCUGUAACUGUGUAAGUUUCUCUGUUUCAAAUGUUGAUCAGCAAUGUUGAAUAUAAGACAGUAAAUGGAAGUUUUGUGUGCAAAAUGGUAUUAUUAUUUGUACAGAGACAUUUUCCUAUAAACUUGAGCAGUGAUAUGAUGUUAUACUUAUAUGUACUGCAGUUUGUUUGUAAUUAGCUGUUUGAAAAUAGUGAUCUAUUUUACAUAUUAUAAACUAUGCAGUGUGUUCCUGAUAUUGUGUCACACCGGUGGCUUUAGGCUGAAAUGUUGACUACAAAUAUCUUGUUUGUUUGUGUUUUUGUUUGUUUGGCUGCCAAAUAAAACCAGAACAUAUCAA